CGUCGCUGUCACUUCAGCAGUGAACAAGAAUGCCGUCUAAAAAUUGUUAUCUGAAUACUGUAUUAUUUUCAUUGAUUGGCCUUACGGCAAUAGGGGCUGUCCUUGCUACUCGUGAAGCUUGGGGUGGCACUCCGGAGGCGCGACGAGCCGUCGAGUUCUGGCAGGAGGAGGUCGUGUAGCAAGUGUACCCGCGGUCACUGCAGGACAGCGAUGCGGACAGCGUGGGCGACUUAUUAGGCAUCGCGUCCCGACUGCCCUACCUCUCAUCGUUGGGGAUCGGUGUCGUAUGGCUGAGCCCUAUUUUCGCCUCCCCAAUGGCUGAUUUUGGCUAUGACAUCUCGAACUUUACGGCGAUCGAUCCCAUUUUCGGGACAAUGGAAGAUUUUGACAGUCUUCUCCAAGCAGCGCACGACUUGGGCCUGAAGGUGGUUAUGGAUUUGGUGCCAAACCAUAGCAGCGACGAGCAUGAAUGGUUCCAGAAGAGCCUCGCCAAAGAAGACCCAUAUACCGACUACUACAUGUGGUCUAAUGCCAGUGGCUUCGAUGAAGUGGGCAAUCCACUCCCUCCCAACAACUGGUUGAGUGUUUUUGGAGGCCCGGCUUGGAAAAGGAUGGAAGGAAGACAACAGUUUUAUUUGCACCAAUUCCUAGAGAAGCAACCAGACCUCAACUUCAGGAAUCCCGCCGUGCAGACUGAGAUGCAAAACGUGAUCAAGUUCUGGAUCGACAAGGGACUCGACGGUAUGAGGAUCGACGCAAUCAAGCAUCUUGUGGAAGUAGAAAAUUUAACCACUGAUGAGCCUUUGUCUGGAGAUCCUAACGUUCAAGAUCCAAAUGAAUACGGAUACUUGGCACACCCUUACACCACAAACCAGCCGGAAACCCUGAAUAUCAUGAGGCAAUGGAGAAUACUCCUGGACCAGUAUCCAGAGAGUAAAUUGAUGAUGGCUAAAGUGGGCUACAAUGGGGAAGAGAUAGACUUGGUAAUGAAAUAUUAUGGAACGGAGGAAGAGCCAAUUGCAGACUUCCCCUUCAACUUCAACUUUAUCGACAAUUUCCACAAUAGAUCGGACGUCACCGGGUUUUCUUUGAAGUUCACCGUGACCGAAUGGCUGGACAACUUGCCUGCGGGAAAAUGGCCUAACUGGGUGCUUGGUAACCACGACCAGACUCGCAUAGCAACCCGCAUGGGCAAGGACUUGGUCGAAGCGCUCAACAUGAUGACGCUCCUGCUGCCCGGGACGCCGGUUACCUACUACGGCGAGGAGAUCGGAAUGGAAAACACUUUCGUUUCGUUUGAGGAUUCGAAAGAUCCGUCGGGCUGCAUUUGGGGCCCCGACCGUUACAUGGAGUUCAGUCGCGACCCUCAGAGAACCCCAAUGCAGUGGGACAACUCGACCCUAGCUGGCUUCACAGACGGACCCUCCUCCUGGCUUCCCGUUAACGAAAAUUACGUCACAUUGAACGUUGCUCAGCAGGAAGCUGCCGACCAGAGCUGCAUUAAAAAUUACAAGCAGUUGACGGCCCUCAGGAAAGCUGAAGUUUUCUUCUCCGGAGAGCUUGCCUUCCCUGUGAUUACGAAUGAAAUUUUCUCAUACGUCAGGUACUUGGCCGACAACCCCACCUACUUGGUCCUCAUCAACGCCAGCGAAGAGCAGGUCACCGCCAACCUGCACCACGACGCAAACUUCGUCCUGCCUCCCACGGCGCUGCUGGUGAUGCGCACGAGCAGUGAUACUCGGCCUGUUACCGUGCCGGGAACUGUGAUCGACCUGAGUGCGGUACCUAUGCUGGCUGGCGAGGGCAUGGUGAUGCAAGUGCUAAAUUUUUAAAUUCUUCCACCUUCUUAAUGAGUCAACAAUUUCAUCUUUAAUUCAUCAUAUCACCGCAAUUAAUACUUACUAUGCAUUUCAAAGUUACGUCCCAUUUAAGUAACGAAGGUUGAGCUUCGAUGUUUGCUUGGUGAAAAUUGUGACCUGUGUGCCCUGGUGGAUAAAAUCUCGUCUUUAGGUCAUUAAUAUGGCGUGUCUAAGCUAUUAAUUAAUUAACAGAGCUUCUUCUUUCAACAUACAUGGUUAGGCAUAAUUUAACAAAACUGCAAAUUACUGUUAUGUAAUGAUGAAUACACGUGCCAGUCAAUUUGUCAGGUUGAAUCAGUUAAUUUCUGAUCUCGUUCGUAAAUCAUCCAGCGCCUGUCCGUCAAUAGUUUUCAAAUGCACUAAUGGAAUGAAUUAUAAAAUCAGAACUGAGAAUACACGAAGCCACCACCCUUCAC